GUCCUUCGCCCGUAGGUCUGCACAAGAUAACCCGUCAACCGUAAACAGUCCACUGUUUCCCCUUAGCAUGUGCGGGGCCAUGUCCUGUUCGCUGUUCAUUCUGUCUCCCGGUUGGUGGCGGGUGCUCAUCGUCUCUGCCGCCUCGUUGCACAAAACGCUGAGACAGAAGUAAGCAGACGCAAACACGAGCAAGGAACUCGCUUCUCUCUCUAGAGCUUUUCUCGCAGAAUUCCUGUCGUUCUCAGAAGCUGGCAAAAUCUGCUUUUCCCGGCUUCCGUGCGUUCCUUGUGCGCAAAUUGCGGCUUCGUCAGCUCGUCUGCCGCACAUGUCCAAGUGCACCCUGCAGUCUUCAAGAUCUGCAGUUACCCUCGUUUCGUGCGAAUUUCUCCGCGCUGGUUUUGUGACUCGGUUGUCAGCAACGCCUUCAGUGUCAAUACGUAACAGAAAACUCAGAAAUCCGUGUGUGCUAAGUCUCAGGUCUCGGGGCAACCCUGCGGAGUACGUCCUCGUCUGGCUCACACUUGUUUUAGCGGCUGCACAGGCUGCCGCGCCUUUUUCGUCUAUGUGUAUUUCUUUCAGAUGUGAUAACCUGAUCCGUACCAUUCAAGAAUGUGGAAUACGGUAUCCUGCGUUGUCACCAAAGAACUGGGUUGUCUGUACCUCGUAACUGGACUCCUCAGGAUCCUCGUCGCUUGAGUGCACCGAAAGGAUGCGGCGUUGCGGCAGUUUCUUUUUGUUUUCACCUCUCAGUUAAGUGGCGACUUGCCUGUCUAUCUUGGGAUAAGUGAGUCUCCACAAGUGUUAUUUGAGCGAGCGCGAGGACAUAGUGUAACAGUACUGGAAGGAGUUGCACGCCAGAAGUUGUGCACCCGCCGUGCGCGGCUCACAGUAUUCCACUGACGGCUCAUCACCAGCCGUCUGAUGUGAACACAGUCAAAGUAGUGCCUUGUUCCCGUCGCGACAAACAAUAAGUCUGUUACCAACAAAUCUCUGGCGUCCCGCCGGCAGCCCCGAUAAGCUGCAUGUCAGGUCAAAGCAAGGAGCCGAGGAAGAGGUACAACCCGUACCAGAAUCAGCGACGUCUAUCCGUGCGUGUAAACUGAGACCCGGCUUUCUCUGUUAGGCUCCGCUGCCACCAGGGAAUUUCUGUCCACAGCUGGAACAAAGGUUCUCUUCCCCUUUACAGUUCUUUUCCUUUCGCGAGUAAAAGACACGGUCAGAGCCUGAGCUCUUUUCCCUCUGAAUCUCCGCUGCUUUUGCUCGCGUGUCGGCCGUCAUCAUGAAUCCUGCUCUCCUGGAUCGUCGCCUGCUUUCUAAGCUUCCCUCUCUUGUCUCUGUGCUCACCUUCCUUCUCUCCGUCUUCAUUUUCUCUCCUGCGCAUGCUCUGCUGCUUUCGAAGACUCCGAGUGGUCCCCGCCCAUCCCUCCCAGGUUUCGUGCCGUCCUCUCUCCUGUCUUUCUCGUCUUCGGCGUCGCUUGGUGCAACGCCGCACUUCUCUCGGUCUCCGAGUCAAAGUGGAGAGUCUAACCUCCGAGCUCUCUCCGGCUUGAGGCGUCGAGUCCAGAGGACACUGGGACACCAGAGCAGCUCCGGUGUACAGACAGGGAAACUGUCCACGACACUGAGGAGCUCAACUGAAACGUGCGGAGUGAAAGGCAGGCCCCGGGUCGUCUGUACCGGUCUAGGUGUUGUAAGCGGAGUUGGGAUCGGCAUCGACGAAUUCUGGAAAAACCUGAUUGCUGGAACGAAUGUCAUUGACAAGGUCACUCGAUUUGACCCCUCGAACAUGACUUGUCAGAUCGCGUGUGAGGUUUCCAACGAGAAGUUCGACCCUAAAGCGUUCUUCACGGACCCGAAGGAAGUGAAAAGAAAUGAUCGGUACACGCACUUCGCUGUCGCCGGAGCUCGCCUGGCCAUGGAGGAUGCAGGCCUGUCCCCCCGGGCGCCAAAUGUGGACCCUGAACGCUUUGGCAUCGUUGUGGGGAGCGGCAUAGGAGGCCUCGAAACCAUGGAGCAGGAGAUGAAAGUCUUGCAAGAAAAGGGACCCCGACGCGUCUCUCCUUUCCUCAUUCCCGCUAUGAUUGCCAACACAGCCUCGGGGAUCCUGGCUAUCGAACUUGGAGCGAAAGGUCCGAACCACGGGGCGGUGUCUGCAUGCGCGACCUCUGGACACGCCGCCGGUGUCGCGCUUCGCUACUUGCAAAUGGGCGAGGCAGAUAUCGUGAUUUGCGGAGGGGCUGAGGCGUCCAUUACGCCGCUCAGUUUCGCAGGAUUCAACGCUCUGAAGGCCAUGGCGCAGGGCUUCAACGAUGACCCCAAACGGGCCUCUAGGCCCUUCGACAAAAAGCGUGCGGGGUUUGUCAUGGGAGAAGGUGCCGGCAUCAUGGUGUUCGAGACUGAAGAACACGCAGUUCGUCGCGGAGCUCCGAAGAUCUACGGAGAAGUCGCAGGAUACGGAGCUUCUUGCGAUGCUCAUCACAUAACGGCUCCUGCUCCUGAUGGCUCUGGACUUUCCAGAUGCCUAGAGAACGCCAUAGCCGACGCGAACAUCGACAAACGGGACAUUGGUUACAUCAAUGCGCAUGGCACAUCCACUCCAAUGAACGACAGAAUCGAGACGAAGGCAUUCAAGAAAGUGUUUGGAGAUGAGCAGGCGAGGCAGCUCUUGAUCUCGUCGACCAAGAGUAUGACAGGCCACUGCUUGGGUGCGACAGGGGGAAUCGAGGCAUGCGUUUCGGCGAAAGUUCUGGAAACAGGCAUCGUGCCCCCCACCAUCAACCAAGAAGAGACUGACCCCGAGUGCGAUUUGAAUUACGUACCCAAUAAAGCGUACACAUCGCCCACGCCCUUCGAGGCUGUUCUUUCUGAUACAUUGGGCUUUGGAGGCCACAACGCAGCGCUGCUUUUGCGCCGAUACAGAAAUCGUCCUCACUGACUGUGUGAAUGUAUACUGUUUGGAAUGCAUGUGACUCGAAGCAUACGCUGAGGUUCUGGACAUCGCUCUAAUGGGAACCUUUUUGCCUUCCGCGCUUCCGUCGUUGCUGGUGCCCACGGUUGCCGUGUUAGUGGAAAGCUGCGCCGUUCCGUCAUGGCACUCCGAAUCAUGGAAAAUGUCUAAACAAAAGGCUCAAAGUGUGAGCAACUGAAUCUGACAUAACCAGGAAUGAGCUCAUAAAUGAACAGAAAACGCCGCUGUGUGUGCA